AAUUUGAUUGAGAAGCUACCACCGUAGGUCAGUAAAUCCUUUUACAUGGCUACUGAGCGUUCCUGGAAGCCUCUCAGUCUUUUUUACGUAGAAUAUCCUGAAGGUAAGGAGAUAUUUGUUUUCGUACGUACUUCAAGCUGAUGCUUUCGGAAAGCUACUGGCGUAUUCUAGUAUGGUGCCAAUAUUUAUAAUUUUCAGCAUCAUAACCCUUAUUAUGUCGAGAAGAGAUUUGCAUACGAUAUUUUAUUUUUGUGGUUGCCUGAUCAAUGAGUUGAGUAAUUAUUUUCUCAAAUACAUCAUUAAGCAGCCAAGGCCUUUCCCAACCAUUCACCUAGGUAUUAAAUCAUCAGGUAUGCCUUCAAACCACGCGCAAUUCAUGGGCUUUUUCUGUGUUUACAUUGGAUUUUUCCUAUUCAUAAGGUUAGUGAAGCCUUUGCUUAUUCGAUUAUUUAGGCUCAAUCAGCGAUCCUUCAGUCGCCAGUUCACAACAUUUGUUUACUUAGUCUGUGCAUCAGUUACUGCAGUAGUUUGCUAUAGCAGGUACCUAGAGUUUUUAAUUAUUUCAAGGGUUUAUUUAUUGUAUCAUACUUCUACUCAAGUUUUAGUUGGGAUCAUAAUAGGUGGAAUUUUCGGGAUGAUCUGGUUCCUAAUUGUUCAGUAUGCGAUAACACCAAUAUUUCCGCGGUUCACUGAUAGUUGGAUUGGUCAAUUAUUAAUGUUGCAAGACUUUACACAUAUCAACAAUCUUAUGCAUUUUGAAUAUACUAUUGUGCAGAAUUACAUUCAACCCUCAAAACUUCAGUUGAAGAGAAAAGAUAUCAUUGUUACAAAAGAUACAUGUACAAGUACUUGGAUCCACUGAAUAAUGUUACAUAUAGAACCACACUGUAGAACCAAUAAACAAGUCUUCAUCUGUAUGUUCAUGGAUGUUCUAAUUCUUCUGGACGUAUCGGCCUCGUCAUUGGUAUGACAGAUCGUUUAAGCACAUCCGCUGAAAGUGCUUUUCUCAUAUCUAAGAAAAUUGAGCAGAUAACUUAAAACAUUGUUUUUGAAUUGUAUGUAGUAUACGUUAUAUUUAAUAUU